GCGGCUGUCGGGCUGUCAGUGCGCCUGCGCGCGGGUCGGGCGCCGGGGUUCUUGACUGUGCUGCGCCCGGCGCUGAGUCUAGCCAUGCAGAGUGCCGACUCGCAGCAGCCCUCCAAGCGGCCCCGGUGCGAUAGCAGCCCAAGGACCCCGCCAAACACCCCUCCUGCAGCGGUAGAGAGGUCCCCGGGCCCUGACCUCCACCCCGACCACCGGACCUGGGGCCCGGAGCAGGUGUGCUGCUUCCUAGAGCGCGGUGGCUUCAGCGAUCUCGGACUGCUGGAACGCUGCCGAGAGAAGAAAAUCACAGGUUCAAUACUGCCCUUUCUUGAUGAGUCUCUUCUUGAAGAUCUUGGAAUAAGUUCCCAUGUGAAGAGAACGAAGCUGCUUAGUUAUAUCCAAUGCCUAGGUCAAACUCAUGUCAAUACAAUGAAGGUGAUUAAUGAUCCUAUCCAUGGCCACAUUGAACUCCACCCUCUCCUCAUCCGAAUCAUCGACACACCUCAAUUUCAGCGCCUGCGAUAUAUUAAACAGUUGGGAAGCGGUUACUAUGUUUUUCCAGGAGCUUCACACAAUCGAUUUGAGCAUAGUCUAGGUGUGGGGUAUCUAGCUGGAUGUCUAGUUCGUGAACUGAGUGAAAAACAACCAGAGCUGCAGAUAAGUGAACGAGAUAUGCUCUGUGUUCAGAUUGCUGGGCUUUGUCAUGAUCUCGGUCAUGGGCCGUUUUCUCACAUGUUUGAUGGAAGAUUUAUUCCACUUGCUCGCCCAGAUGUGAAAUGGACGCAUGAACAGGGCUCAGUUAUGAUGUUUGAGCACCUAGUUAACUCUAAUGGACUCAGAGAUGUCAUGCAGCACUAUGGUCUCAUCCCUGAAGAAGAUAUUUGUUUUAUCAAGGAACAAAUUACAGGACCACUUGAAUCACCCAUCAAAAGUCCUGUGUGGCCGUAUAAAGGGCGUCCUCAAGAAAAAAGCUUCCUUUAUGAGAUAGUGGCCAAUAAAAGAAAUGGCAUUGAUGUGGACAAAUGGGAUUAUUUUGCCAGGGACUGCCAUCAUCUUGGAAUCCAAAAUAAUUUUGAUUACAAGCGCUUUAUUAAGUUUGCCCGUGUCUGUGAGGUAGACAAUAAGAAGCGUAUUUGUACUAGAGAAAAGGAGGUCGGAAACCUGUAUGACAUGUUCCACACACGCAACUGUUUGCACCGCAGAGCUUAUCAACACAAAGUUGGCAACAUCAUUGAUACGAUGAUUACAGAUGCCUUCCUCAAAGCAGACCCUCACAUACAGAUAACAGGUUCCGAAGGAAAAAAGUAUUGCAUUUCUACAGCAAUUGAUGACAUGGAAGCCUUUACUAAGCUGACAGAUAACAUUUUUCUGGAGAUUUUAUACUCUACUGAUCCCAAACUGGAUGCCGCACGAGCAAUUUUAAAAAAAAUUGAAUGUCGUCAUCUAUACAAGUAUGUGGGUGAGACUCAGCCAGUAGGACAAGUAAAGAUUAAAAAGGAAAGAUACAAAUGCCUUCCAAAAGAGGUCGCCGAUGCUAAACCCAGUAAGGUAUUGCUAGAAGUUGAACUGAAGGCUGAAGAUUUCAUAGUGGAUGUUAUCAACAUGGAUUAUGGAAUGGAAGACAAGAAUCCUAUUGAUAAUGUUCGCUUCUAUUGUAAGAGUGACCCCAGCAAGGCAAUCAAGAUUACUAAAGAUCAGGUUUCACAGCUUUUGCCAGAGAGAUUUGCAGAGCAGCUAAUCCGAGUUUACUGUAAGAAGACAGAUGCAGAGAGUCUGUUUGCUGCCCGGCAGCACUUUGUUCAUUGGUGCGUAAUCAACAACUUCACCAAGCCGCAGGAUGGUGAUGUUGUAGCCCCACUCAUAACACCUCUAAAAAUGGAGUGGAAUUGCACAGACUCAGCCCAGAGUCCAGCUCGCAUCCAAGUCGUAUGCAAAUCCGGAGACCAGCUUUUUGCGGACAACUCGAUGUGAAUGUCUGCCAUCAGGUGUUUACAAAAAGCCUCACCCCUGUUCCCCAACGCAAUUAAUUUAGGGAGUUCAAAUCACGGAGCUCUACGAAUUUAGUGACAAUUCGUGCUUUUUAUUUCACAUUAUGAAUGUACGCACAGGCGAAGUCAUUUUUAUUCACAGUAACAGGUAUUAGGCAAAUCUUGUUACAUGAGCUAUGGAAGGCACUGCCUUGCCUAUUUUUUAAUAUUAAUCAAAGCCUUUCCUCUUUAUCAGCCUAUUUUCUUAGAAUAACAGCUCUUUUAUGUAUUCUGAACUCUUAUGACAUACGAUUGUUUUUUUAAAAAAAUUGGAUAUAUUAUGACAAAGGUGCACACUGGAAUUCGCAUUUGGGAUUGUCAUGAACAGCUGUGGCUAAAAACAAAAUGUAAAAUCCUAGCCCCUUGAGGAGGUGCCCAGCACCCAGACUUUGAGGGCAGAUCUCCCCGAGCGAUCGGAGCAUUGGUGAAAGGCACCUUCCCUCACCCGCUUGGCCCCCUGUAAGCUGCCAGGUUGGGGUGAACAGCAGAUGAGGGCCAGGAGUGGGCUCCAGCCUUUCAGUGAAAGGCCUGAUUGAUCUGUUGAGAAGAUCUGAGGGCUCUGGCCUCCUCUGAAGUGGGACAUAAAACUACCUGAUAGGAGACCCUUAGCCCCAGUGCAGAGGGAGCCCCCAAACCAGGCUGCCCUCUGGGUCGGUUGUGGCUCCAGCCUGUGCUGGUUUCUUUCUCUCCUGAGUACUUACUGCCCAAGCCAUGACAGUUUUACCAUGGCUCUGCCUGGAGAAGGCAGGUCCCCUCCCACCUGCCUUCUGCAUCUCACUUGGGUGCUGAUCAGAGGUCACCACAAGAACCAUCCUCAGGGCUCCUCAGAGCUGGGACUUGGUUUUUGCCAGUUCAGUGCAUGCUGUGGGUUUCAGAGCAAGCACUGAGCUGCCUGUGCUGAGAUGAAGCGAUUGCCUGGUGAAUUCCAGAUUCCCCUUUGUAUCUCUACCUCCAGCAGCAGAGUCAGUACUGCUGUAGUUGAGCAGUGCUUCCGAGCUGAGGGCACCGUCCCAACCCAUCCGUCCCCAGGGCUACAGAAAUUCACCAAGAACAAAGUCUGGAGUUAGACCCAAAGCUGAUGGCUGCCAGAUGCAAGGCAGUGGGGAGUGUAGUCAUGAGCCCCUAACAUGUUAUGCUUCUACACUCCCUUACAAAAGCUUCCCUGGCAGGCUGGGAGUCAGGGGGCUGGCCCUGGCUCUGGGCAGAAACAAGAGGGAGGGAGGGAGGAACUCAGACCACAGGCCAGCUGAUUAUCCACAGAGUCUCAGGAGUGCUGCCACCUUCCACUGUGCAACCAAGUUCUGUUGACACUAGGGUAACAUGUGUUUGGAAUGUCUGCCGUCCUGCCCUAUCACCCCUCCCUUAUCCCUCAGUAGAUAAUCAAGAGUUGACCCCUAAUUCAUGGAAUAGUUAAAACCCUUCUCCUCUCCCACCACAAUGCUGUGUGGUGGGUGUGUGGUCACAUGUGGUCUCACAGAAGCACAAGGAGAGUGGUCCAUGGUAGUGGUCAUAUCUGUUUUGGUCAAGGUGCCCCUUAAACUUUCAAUAGGGAGAAUUAUCCGUCUCAGACCGAAGGUCAAGAAUGUAAUGUUUCUCCGCUAAGAUUGUUUUAUUUUUGUAACUCCUACUUUUAAAUCAUUGUAUUUUACUGUGGAAUGUUUUGGUCUCAAUUGUAUCAUUAUGCUAUCUGAGAAACAACUUGAAUCUAUUUUGUUUGCAUUUUUUGUUACAUAUAAGGCAGCUGCACUUUAUGCUCUUUGCAACUGUUUUAAUUAUGGGAACCAUGUGCCAUUUACAAGGUUAAGUUUUUCUUGAGGAAGUCUUCACUAUUUGUAUGAAAAAUGGAGACUUAUAACAGCUUGGCCUCUAGAGUUACUGAGCAUUGUCACCCUGAGAAUGUAAAUUGAAUUGCAGGUCAGAGAGACUGGUCACUUCAUCUGGGUGAGGGAAACAACUGCAAUAAAGCUUCAUGAAUGUAUCUCCAUCCUGAAA